AUGGCUUCUCUUCUUUCCCCUACUGCAACCACUUUUCAUCAAGAUUCUAUACCCAUUUUUUUCUCCCCGUCAAGAGACUCAAAACCCACCUCACAAGGAGUCUUUUGGUCCAGUUGGAGGAAAAAUUCAAUCAAAUGCAAUGCAUUUCUUGAUGACAUUUCGGCGAAUUUGAUGAAAAAGUCCAUUGAUUUGGACCAAUCAUUGUCCCAAUUUCCUGUUUUUCAGGAAUUACAGAGAGUAACUGGGGAAUUACCAGAAGUGCAGAAGUUGGGGGUUUUGGUUUUUGCUGGUUUUACUUGGAUUUACUUGACUGCUAGACCUGGAGUUUUGAUUGGGGCAAUUGAUGCAUAUAUUUUGGCACCUCUGCAGGUGGGAUUUGAUAGUUUGAUUGGAAGGAGGAGUUUGAAAAUGACUGAUUUCUUGAUUGGAGAUAGAUUAGGAGAGGGGUCAUUUGGUGUUGUUUAUUCUGGAGUAAUCGUCCCCAAGAACGUCAAUUUGAAUGAAACAGUAAAGAAAAGAGGAAGUCGAAAAGCUUUGAGGAUUGACGAAAGGUUUAAAGAAAAGGUUAUUCUCAAGAAGGUCAAAAUUGGAGUUCAAGGUGCUGUAGAAUGUGGUGACUUUGAAGAGUGGUUUAAUUAUAGGCUGUCUAGAGCAGCCCCUGAGACAUGUGCAGAAUUUCUUGGAACAUUUAUAGCAGAUAAAACCAAUAAACUAUAUACGAAGGGUGAGAAAUGGCUUGUCUGGAAAUUUGAGGGUGAUCUUGACUUGGAUGAUUACAUGAAAGAUCGUGGAUUUCCUUUGAAUUUAGAGUCUGUCAUGUUUGGUCGUGUCUUGCAAGGGAUAGACUCUAUUGAACGCAAUGCAUUGAUUAUCAAACAAAUAAUGCGCCAGAUUAUUACUUCCCUCAAGAAAAUCCAUGACACGGGCAUAGUUCACCGAGAUGUAAAGCCAUCCAACUUGGUAGUCACCAAAAAGGGCAAAAUCAAACUCAUAGACUUUGGGGCAGCCACUGACCUUCGAAUAGGUAAAAACUACGUUCCAAAUCGUGGAUUGCUCGAUCCUGAUUAUUGUCCUCCUGAACUAUAUGUAAUGCCCGAGGAAACUCCGAAACCACCACCAGAGCCAAUUGCUGCCCUUCUUUCCCCAAUAUUGUGGCAGUUUAACAGUCCCGAUCUUUUCGAUAUGUAUUCUGCCGGAAUUGUACUCCUUCAAAUGGCAAUACCAACCUUAAGGUCGACAGCAGGACUGAAAAACUUCAAUAUAGAAUUGAAGGCAGUUGGUUAUGACUUGAAUAGAUGGAGGGAGAAAACUCGGAUGAGGCCAGACCUCAGUAUUCUCGAUCUCGACUCCGGCAGAGGGUGGGAUUUGGUUACUAAACUUAUUUCAGAGAGAGGUUCCCUGAGAAGGGGGCGUUUAUCUGCUGCAGCUGCUCUAAGGCAUCCAUAUUUCUUGUUAGGUGGUGAUCAAGCGGCUGCAGUUCUCUCCAAAUUGAGUUUAACCAAAUACUUAAAAAAGGAAUGA